GAAAUGGACCUCAACAAGCCUGCAUUCCGUUCAAUGCAUCCGUUUGCACAGGCGAAUAUCUUCAGCAAAUACUUUUUCUGGUGGCUUACCGGACUGCUUCGAACAGGAUUGCGACGACAGAUUGCCGUGGGGGAUGUCUAUCGGACGUUACCCGAACACCAAAGCGAUCAAAUCGGAAACCGAUUUCAGCACCAAUGGGAGCGACAACGGAUGAAUAGCUGCGAAACGGUACCGGAUGCGGCAAACGGAGAAAGCAAAAACCCUUGGCAACUACUGAGGGUGCUGUUGAAAAUCUACGGCACCGGAAUGCUACUGUUCGGGGGAAUUUAUAGCUGCCUGGAGUCUAGCUGCAGAAUCAUCCAACCAUUUCUACUGGGACAGUUGAUCCUUUAUUUCGAUCAGCUCGCUGCUUCCGCAGGCACGUCCGCUCCUGGCGGCCGGAACCUAGCGACAACCGGUGGCAAUGAUGAUGAUGAUGAUGAUGAUGACAGACUGAGCGUGGCCUAUCUGUAUGCUGCGGGCAUCGUACUGACCGUGCUGCUUCCGGCGGCUAUUUUUCAUCUCUAUCAGCUGUUUCUGCUGCAGGUCGGGAUGAAAAUUCGAAUCGGAUGCUGUGCGCUCGUUUAUCGAAAGGUAUUGGAGAUGAGUAGUGCCCAAUCGACGGAUGGCCUUAGCGGUCGGGUAAUUAACCUGAUGUCAAACGAUGUGAGUCGAUUCGAUUAUGCGGUCAUUUUCUUCCACGAUCUGUGGAAAGGUCCCGUGGAGCUGCUGAUAGUGUCGGUAUUGGUGUACCGGUUGAUCGGGGUGUCUGGACUGGUUGGAAUCGUGCUGCUGCUGUUGUUUAUUCCUGGUCAAGCAUGGUUGGGCAGAGGGGCAGCGAAGUAUCGAUUGCGGACGGCACUUGCCAGCGACGAACGGGUCAAGUUUACGAACGAGAUCAUUCAAGGGAUACAGGUCAUCAAGAUGUACGUGUGGGAGAAACCCUUUGAGUUGAUCGUUCGAAAACUGCGUCGGAAAGAAAUAGGAGGACUUCGUGGAGCAGCCUUCAUCAAAGGAGCGUUGUAUGCGAUGCGAAUUAUACCGAAGAUUUCGAUAUUUCUGAGUUUGGUGGUGUAUGUAUUCACCGGGAACGCAAUCACGGCGAAACUGGUCUACAUGUUGAUAUCGUUCUUUAGUGUGAUUCAUCAUUCGAUGGUGGAGUUCUGGCCACUUGCGGUGACUUCGUGUGCCGAAGCUUGGGUGUCGUUGAAAAGAGUAGAGGAAUUUCUCAUGGAAAAGUCCGUGGUACGAGAGAAUGGUGGAGACAAACUGAAUUCGGCUGUCGGCACAAUAGAGCUCCGAAACGUAAGCGCGGCAUGGCCAAAAUCGAGUUUCUCCCUUCGAUCCCUCAAUUGGACUGUGAACAAUGGUCAAAUGUGGACAAUUAUUGGUGAGGUUGGAUCAGGAAAAUCGUCAUUGCUGAAUCUUCUGAUGGAGGAAUUGACGCCUCAAGAAGGAAACCUAUCGGUUGGUGGCACGAUCAGCUACUGCUCACAGAAACCAUGGGUAUUCGAGGGGACGGUUCGAGAGAAUAUUCAAUUUGUUGAAGCGUUCGAUGAACUGCGAUAUAGGGAAGUUGUGAGAGUUUGUUCCCUUGAAAGAGACUUCCAGCUGUGGCCUAAUGGUGAUUUGACCGUGGUUGGCGAGCGGGGAGUUAGCUUAAGUGGAGGCCAAAAGGCUAGGGUAAAUCUUGCUAGGGCAAUCUACCGCAAAGCCGAUGUCUAUCUGUUGGACGAUCCACUUUCGGCGGUGGAUGCGCAUGUAGGAAACUUCAUCUACAAAGAGUGUAUCGAGCGGUUCUUGGAAAAGACUACUCGUGUUUUAAUUACCCAUCAACUGCAAUGUUUGAGAGGGUUGGACAACAUAAUUAUAAUGAAGGAUGGGAGCGUUCAAAAUCAAGGAUCAUACGAGUCGCUGCAAAAUCAUUUCUCCGAGCUGGGAUUCGAGGGAGAUUCGUUUGCCGAGAUAGAGGUGAAGGAACCUAGCAAAGCCCUUUCAGACGAAGACACCUUCCAAGAGCCUCAGCAGCAAGAUAAAGUUGAAGAAGCGCAAAUGGAUGGGAACGUAGGUGUUAAUGUGUACUACAAUUUCUUCAAAUCAGUUCGUAAUGGAAUCUUCGUGACGUUCGUUGGACUGUUGCUGGUAUUCUGGCAGGCUGCUUCAACCGGAACCGACUACUUUGUUUUCAUUUGGGUCAAUUGGGAAGAGAACUUCUCCCAUCUAGCAUCGGUUUGGACAACGGAAAAACAUGUGUUCGUGUACACGGGAUUAAUCAUAUUAACCGUUGUUCUAUCCCUCAACUCACUUGCAUUCUUCGAGAUGUGCUUGAGAGCUUCCUCAAAUCUGCAUUUCGCACUGUACCGAGGUAUUUCGCUAGCACCUAUGAAGUUUUUCAACACUAACUCCUCGGGUCGAAUUAUGAAUCGCUUUUCCAAGGAUAUUGGUCUAAUCGACUCUAGUCUGCCGGUGGUGUUGAUCGAUAGCUUGUACUUUUUCCUAGAAUUGGCAGGAAUAAUCGCCAUCGUCUCACUCGCCAACUACUGGCUGCUGCUACCGACAGCCGUAAUGGGUAUCGUAUUCUAUGCGUUACGAUUCGUGUUUCUCAGAACUGCUCGUAACGUCAAACGGGUAGAAGCAAUCACACGCAGUCCUGUUUUCACACACACGAAUGCCACCAUCGAAGGUUUAAUUACGAUUCGAGCUUUCCAAGCGCAGAACCAACUGCUAGCCGCUUUCGAUUCCAAGCAAGAUUUCAACACUUCUGCUGCCUUCAUGUUCGGUGCCAUCACAAGAGGUUUCGCCUUCUGGCUGGAUUUGAUCUGCUGCCUGUACAUUGCCGUAGUAAUAUUCAGUUUUUUGCUAUUCGGAACAGAAAUUUUAAGCGGGAAUGUCGGUCUAGUUGUUACCCAGGUGCUGAACCUAAUCGGCAUGUGCAACUGGGGAUUACGUCAAACCGCCGAAUUGGAAAACCAAAUGACAUCGGUAGAGCGAGUACUAGAGUAUGCAGGACUGGAACCGGAGAAACAGAUUACCGACGAGUUACUGCCGAACAUACCAGAGAAUUGGCCGCAACAAGCGAAUAUUUCCUUUCACAACGUGUCUUUACGAUACACUGCCAGUGCCGAACAAGUUUUAAAGAAUAUUUCAUUCGAAAUUAAACCGAAGGAACGAGUGGGAAUCGUGGGUCGAACCGGGGCGGGUAAGUCAUCAAUAAUUCAGGCGCUAUUUCGACUGAUACCAAUUGACACCGAAGGAAUACCGAAAUCUACCGUACAGAGCCGGAUCGAAAUAGACCACCUGAGCACUGCCAGCGUUCCAUUGGGCCGGCUCCGAAAUGCCAUUUCCAUUAUCCCCCAGGAACCGGUGAUCUUCUCGGGUAGUUUACGUAGCAAUUUGGACCCAUCCGGAUCGCUCGACGAUGGUCGCAUUUGGAAGGCGCUGGAAGAGGUUGAAUUGAAACAUUUGGUGUCGAAUGGUGCGGGCGGCUUGAACACCAAACUGGUCGAGGGAGGUGCGAAUUUCAGUGUUGGUCAAAGGCAGUUGAUUUGCCUCGCGAGAGCCAUUCUUCGCGACAGUAGAGUACUCAUAAUGGACGAAGCAACUGCUAACGUUGAUCCGGAAAAUGAUAAACUGAUACAACGCACUAUUCGGGAACGGUUUCGAGAAUGUACCAUCAUCACGAUCGCUCAUCGACUCCAUACCGUUAUGGACAGUGACCGAAUUCUGGUGAUGGACGCCGGCCGAAUGGCAGAAUUUGACAGGCCCAAAAAUUUACUAAACCAGCGAGAUAGUUACUUUCGAAGGUUGUUUGACGAAAGCGGUAUGGAUGUGACGCGAUACUGA